GUCUAUAUUUAUUGCAAUUACAAUGGAAAAUUUAUUGUUAUCUCCUAAUACAGGAAGGACUUAUUCUCUUAUUAAAAAUAUUGGAGAAGGUGAGUAUGGGACUGUGUGGCUUGUCCAAAGAGAUGAUCAAUGUAUUCUUUUCAAUAAAUUCUAGUGUUUUUUGCUUGUAAAUUGCUGAAGCCUAAAUUUGAAGUUUGGAGUAUUGAAAAAAGCAAGAAAUUCGAAGAAAGAGCCAAACAAGAAAUACAAACUUUGAUCAAAAGUACUCAUGCUAAUGUGGUCAGAUACGAAGAGUGGUUUUAGAUAUAAGUUUCUGAAAAUUUGAAUCGAUACAUAAUAUCCGAAUAUUGUGAAGGUGAUACCCUGUAAAAAUUUUUGGAAUCCAAAAAAAAAUUAAGCGAAAAUGAUGCUUUGUAUAUUAUGAGACAAUUGGCCGAUGGAUUACAAUAUAUGCAUAAUCAAAAGGUUAUUCACAGAGAUGUUAAACCUGCUAACAUUAUGUUCAAAUAGGGAGUGCCAAAGUAUAUAGAUUUUGGAUUUGCUAAGUAUAUUGAAGAGGAGAGGAUAGAUCAAAUACAAACUGUGGAUGUAGGUUCUCCUUAAUAUAUGGCUCCUGAAUUAUUGGAUGAAAGUGGCUAUUACAAUUAAAAAGUGGAUGUAUGGGCUUUGGGAAUUAUUUUCUAUUAAUUACUUGUGGGUCAAUUUCCAUGGAAUAUAGAAUUAGCUACUACAUAUUAGAUGAUCUUAAAUAUAAUUUAUGAUGAUGAAACUGUAAAUUUUCCACCAGAGAUUCCUAUUUCAAAAAGACUGAAAGAUGCUAUCACUUAAAUGCUAAAACUCAAUUCUGAUGAUAGAAUAGAUAGCAAUAAAUUAUUUUUGAUAUUAUAAAAUUGAU